GGCCAUCGUUACCGAUUUCCCAAUUAUCUCUUCCUGUUUCUUCGAUUGAGCAACUCCACUUUUCAUAUCUUCGCGGUUCGCCGCCGCGCGUCAGCCUCGCUUCCGACCACGCCUCAGCCUCGCCGCGCUCUGCCUUGCCGCCGCCGGUUAAUUUCAAAGCUCUCUGUUUUUUGCCGCCGCCGACAGCGCCUCAUGUGGGGCUUUGCCUUACCGUCUGCACUCGUGACGUUGAAGCCCUACCUACCUAUUUUGUGAAGUUGAAUAUAUUUUCAGAUGAGCGUGGGUUAUUCAUCUGUUCUCGCCGAUUCUAGUUAUCAAUUGUGAUGGAAAGUGCCAUAAAAAUCUUCUGGACUACCGUAUUGGAAUGACGACCUUAGGAAGUUCACUUAUGCCUUCACUUGUUAAGACUUCUCCCUUCUUUUCAUACUUCACUAAAAUUCCAUGGAUAUUUCCCUCCCAGAAUACUCUUCGAGCUAGCCUCCAAACCUAUAGCUGUCAGUCUAUUGUAUUUUCAAAAAAUAUAUUGAAAUAUAGUUGCAACAGUUACUUCUCUAGACACACAGUUGGCUAUUUAUGUACUGUUUCUUUAGCUGCCACUUCUUCUGUUCAUGAAUCCUCAGCAUCUUCUUCCAAUAAGGUCUCCAACAGAUUAAGGAAGAAAGCCCUCAAGGAAUCACCAGAGAGAGUGCUUAGACAUAAAUUAGAUAUGUGCUCAAAAAAUGGACAAGUUGUUGAAGCACUUAAGCUUUAUGAUGAGGCACGGAAUAACGGCAUCCAGCUUCAGCAACAUCACUAUAAUGUAUUGCUCUAUUUGUGCUCUUCCUCUAGUUUGCUUGAAACAAGUGGGGCUAUCGACGUAUUAAGCAUGGGCCUCAACAGGGGUUUUGAGAUUUUUCAGCAAAUGAUGACCGAUAAUGUAUCUCCAAAUGAGGCUACAUUUACUAGUGUUGCAAGAAUUGCAGCUGUGAGGGACGAUCCAGAAAUGGCUUUUUCUUUGGUGAAACAGAUGAAGGAUUAUCAUAUUGCACCAAGAUUGAGAUCAUAUGGACCAGCACUGUUUGGUUUCUGUAGGAAGCUAAUGGCCAAAGAAGCUUAUGAAGUUGAUUCCCACAUGGUUGCAUCUGCAGUGGAAGCUGAAGAACUUGAGCUUUCUGCUCUUCUAAAACUCAGUUCUGAUGUGAAGAAGGUCGAUAAGGUCUAUGAGUUGUUGCAUCGGUUAAGAAGAACAGUGAGGCAGAUUUCUGAACCUACUGCCAAAGUUAUUGAAGAUUGGUUUAAUUCUGAAAGUGCAUCAAAAGUUGGGAAGAAACGUUGGGAUGUGGACAAGGUUAGGGAAGGAAUUGUUAGACGAGGUGGAGGGUGGCAUGGAGAAGGUUGGCUGGGUAGUGGUAAGUGGAGGCUGGUGAGAACUGGAAUGGAUGAUAAUGGUGUUUGUCAUUCAUGUGCUCAGAAACUUGUUUGCAUUGAUAUUGAUCCAAAAGAAACGGAAGACUUUGCUGCAUCAUUGACCAAGUUGGCUUGCCAAAGAGAAGUUAAAGCUGAUUUUAAUAAAUUCCAGGAGUGGCUUGAAAAGCAUGGUCCUUUUGAUGCUGUAAUUGAUGGUGCCAAUGUUGGUCUUCUUAGUCAGCAUUUCAGCUUUAUCCAGCUCAAGAGGGUUGUAUAUCUAAUGCGUCAACUGAGCCCUACAAAGAGAAUGCCACUCAUAAUUUUGCAUAGAAGUCGUGUUACUGGAGGUCCUGCACAGAAUCCUAAUAAUAAGAAAUUAAUAGAGACAUGGAAAAAUUGCGGUGCGCUCUAUACUACUCCUCCUGGGUCCAAUGAUGACUGGUACUGGUUAUAUGCUGCUGUACGCUCUAAAUGUUUGCUACUGACGAAUGAUGAAAUGAGGGACCACUUGUUUCAAUUGCUUGGGAAUAGCUUUUUCCCCCAGUGGAAGGAAAAGCAUCAGGUUCGAUUGUCAGUAUCAACAGAUGGAUUGAAACUGCACAUGCCUCCCCCCUAUUCAAUUAUCAUUCAGGAGUCUGAAAAUGGAAGUUGGCACAUUCCAACAACUACAGGUGAUGAUCUAGAGACCCCAAGACAAUGGUUGUGUGCCACUAGAGCCACUGAUACUUCUUAAGCAGAGUGGUUUUGAAUAAUCAACAAUGCAUACAAAUAACUUAUAUUCAUGGCUGUACAAUUUUUUUCAUGAAGCCAAGAAAACCAAGCAUCUAAGAGCCCAAUUAAACUCAGAAUCAUUGGAAGGCAAAUUCUUGUUAAUCGGCAACUGUAAAGUUUUCUGACUGUAUCAUAUAAAUCUCUUCUUCUAAAUCAUCAUUCAGGAAAGUUGUUUUUACAUCCAUUUGGUGAAUUAGAAGUCCAUGGAUGGCAGCUGGUGCAAUCAAGUCUAAUAGUAGCUAUCUUUGUUAGAGGGAUAUACGUGUCAAAAUAGUCAAUAUCUUGUUUUUGUGUAUAUCCUACUACUAAUUUUGUAA